AUCUUGUUAAACAAGAAAUUGAAAAAAGGCUCAACAGAAAACCCGGGUGAAGCAAAGCCGGAGCUCUCUGACUCCGUUUGACAACAAAAAUGCUAUACUUAUAUAUAGUCCGCCGUUGCGACACUCACUGUUCUUGAAACUAUAAACCCACCCCAAUUCAGUAAAAAAUAAACAUAAAUCAUCCCUGCAAUCUCUACCAAAAACCCAUUAAACCCUUUUGAUUUUGAAACCCCAUUACAAUGAGAGAAGAUAAUAAAAGUAGUGAUAAUGAGCCCCCAAACAGGGAAUUAUAUGCUCUGCUUCACAUAUCUCCACAAGCUUCUGAUGAGGAAAUUCGUAAAGCUUAUCGCCAGUGGGCUCAAAUUUAUCACCCUGAUAAACAAUCUCCUCAGAUGAAGGAUAUUGCUACAGAAAAUUUUCAACGGAUAUGUGAAGCUUAUGAAAUUUUAUCUGAUGUGAAUAAAAGACAGAUAUAUGAUAUAUAUGGUAUGGAAGGGCUAACUUCUGGUUUAGAGCUCGGUCCGAAAUUAGACCGAGUUGAAGAGAUUAAGGAAGAACUUGAGAGAUUGAGGCGGCAGAAGCAAAAUUCAAAAGUCUUAACCCUCUUACCUUCAGGCGUGAUUCUCGCAAAUUUGUCGCUUCCGCAAUUUCUUAAUGGUCAUGGAAUCAUGCGAGGGAUGUCCAUGACCAGUGAAGUUCAAUCUCAACUCUCAAAAAGGAACCUUAUUGCUGUUGGUGGUAAUCUAGCAGUUACCGGAGAAUCUGGCGGUGCUGCUACCACUGCUGUCCUUAGGCAUCAGAUAUCUUCUGCUUCAACAAUAGAAUUCAUGGCGUCUGCUGGUUUACAGUCUCUCAUUGGCGUACAAACAUCUCGACAACUAUCUGCCAACGCCAAUGCAACAAUGGGCCUUGCCAUGUCUUUAAAAGAUGGCUCGAUCAAUCUUACCAAUGCUUGGACGCGACAGCUGUCGGAGUCUACUAAUGGAAACAUUGAGCUUUCUUUAGGUCCAGAGUCAUUAAUCUCUGUUGGAUGGCGUAAGAAAGAUGAGAAAAUGUCUGCAGCUGGAGGGAUAAAGAUUGGCACAAAUGCUGUAGGGGCAUCUGCUCAUUACACUCAUCACUUUUCCUCGAAAUCUCAUGGAAGAGUUGCUGCUAAAGUAGGAAGCCGUGCACUUGAAAUUGAACUAGGAGGUGGAAGGAAAAUUUCUAAGUUCAGCACUGUACGCAUGUUAUAUGCAAUAGGAAUCCAGGGUAUCUUUUGGAGAUUUGAAUUUCACCGAGGUGGGCAGAAACUGGUCAUCCCUAUUUUGCUCUCUAGCCAUCUGAAUGUAACAACUGCUGCUGGAGCAUUAAUUAUUCCAACUUCACUUUAUUUCGUGCUUAAGUCGUGUCUUAAACCUUAUUACUUGAGACGGGAAAAACAGAAAGCAAUGGAGAAUAUGCAUCGAACUCAAGCUGAGGUCCAGCACGUGAGGGCAUUAGCUGAGAAAGCUCAACGGUUGCUAGAAAACGUUGCCAAUAGGAAAAGAAGUCGGCGAUUAGAAAUAGGUGGACUGGUGAUAACAGAAGCAAAAUAUGGAAAUCAAAAAAUUUUGAAGAAUAGGUUUCAGUCGGAAGAACAGAAGGAUGAGUUGGCUGUACAAGUUAUCGAUGUCACCUUACCAUUAAAUUUUCUAGUCAAUGAUUCUGGGCAACUUAAGCUACAUGAGGGUGUAAAGAAAUCGGGUAUCAUGGGCUUCUGUGAUCCAUGUCCUGGCGAGGUUAAGCAUUUGCUUGUGGAGUACACUUUUGGCGGCAAUAGAUAUGAGGUUGAAGUUGAUGACUAUGAAGAGUUACUGAUACCUCAGGAAGCACACAGAAAAUAACAUGUUCUGUAAGAUACAUCAAAGAUUUUUGCUUCACAGCAGUAGAUGAUGUCAAGGCACAUAACCAUGCGAACUGUAGGUGUCUACUGGCUGUUUUCUUUUUACGAAUUAGCAAGCUUCUUUGGUGUCUUUGAGAUGCCAUUUCAAAAUUAUAUCUUCAGUUGGGUCUUUUGUGUUAGGCAAAGGUUAACUUGCAAAGACGUGCUUUUGUAAUAGUUGGCAAUUAGUAGCACAUUGUAAUUUCUGUUUGAAAAUUUUGGAAAAAUUAUGUCAAGAUUUUUGGAUUA